AUCUCCCAAGCCUCGCCGUUUUCCUCUCCACCUACUUGAAACCUGCUCCCAUACCCUUUCUUACUUCUCUCCCCCUUCUUCCACUCAGUUACACAAAACCCACACAACAAAAUAAAUUAUAGUAAUAAUAAUAAUUAUUAUUAUUAUAAGAUGUUGUUAGGGAAGAGACCUCGUCCUCCAAUGAAGAGAACUACCAGCAUGUCAGAGAUAACCUUCGAUCUCAACACAACCUUGGACGAGGAUGUUCAGAACAACCCCGUCAAGGGAGGACUUGGGCCGGACCCAUGGACGAAGCACCCACCGCCAGUUGGGUCGAACGGCUUAGAUCAGAGCAGGGUUUGGGCCUUAGUUUCACCCAGAAACCAUAGAAGGCAUUCGGAAGAUUCCGCACACACCCCUGAGUUUUUGCGUGUUUGCUUUCUCUGCAAACGCCGUUUAGUUCCUGCUCGUGACAUCUACAUGUACAGAGGUGACAGUGCUUUCUGCAGUUCAGAAUGCCGAGAAAAACAGAUGAAGCAGGAUGAGCGAAAGGAUAAUAAUAAGUGUGGUGUGGCAUCAAAGAAACAAGUUGCAGCUACGCCUUCUGGGUCUCAAGUUAGAAGUACCAAAGGCGAAACCCUUGUUGCCUUGUAGCUGUCGCAUCUCAAUAGGGUUCAUCCAUGAUGCAAUACUAUUCAUAUACCAUCCAUCACCAUGCCCUUUCUUACCUUAUUAUUAGAUUUUGUGUUCAUAUACUUUGCCUUCCACUUUGUUUUGGUUAUUUUUUCCCUUAUGUUCGCUUCUGGCUUUGUAAUUUUUAUGAUGGCGCUUUUGGAGAGAGUGGUUUUUUGCUUGUUAAUCUUGUUUUCUGUAGUGAUUUCCGUGGUAGUUUGAACAUGAUACGUAAAAGGAAAAAAAAGAAAAAAUUGUAAAUGAUGGUAUGUUUUUGAUUCUGGGUGGUUACCGGGGAAACUGCAGUUCACGUACUUACUGAACUCUUUCACAUCGUUGUGUUUUGUGUCUCAACGGUGGACUUGUUCGUUGAUUGUGAACUCUCUGUGUUUGACGGUCAAAUUAGAUAGCUUUUGGUUUCUACUUUUGUUGCCUUGUAAUCUUCAUAGUGACACUGUUUUGGA